GUCAAACAUCAAGCUUCAAGGAGUCUCUCCACAGCAGCUCUCCACAGAAGCUUCACAACCUCCAGGCCGACCCUGAAGAUGACUCCGUCUGCCAGCCUGCUGCUGCUGCUGCUCCUGCUCGGCCUCUCUCAGGCACUUCCUCUCCAGGAGGAAGGAAGCAAAGAAGAAGUCCAGGACACCGUCGACAUCACCACCAGGAUUCUGACCUCCAACAAUGCCACCAACGAGAACCUGCUGGAAGGAGACCUGCUGGCUCCCAGAACCAGAAACGCCAUGAUGUGCUGGUCCCAGAACUGCCUGUGGAGGAAAGCUUCCAACGGCUUGGUGAUGAUCCCCUUCACCAUCAGCAAUGUGUUCACCAGCGGGGAGAGGCAGAUGAUCGACCAAGCCAUGAAGGCCUUCCACAGCAAAACUUGCAUCCGCUUCGUCCCCCGAAAGAACGAGUACGAUUUCAUAAGCAUCGAGAACAGAGAAGGAUGUUUCUCAGCUCUGGGCAGAGAGGGAGGCAGCCAGGUGCUCUCUCUCAACAGGCAGGGCUGCUUCGUCUCCGGCAUCAUACAGCACGAGAUGAACCACGCUCUGGGCUUCCAGCACGAACAGACCAGGAGCGACCGCGACGGCUACAUCAGGAUCAACUGGGAGAACAUCAACCCGCAGAUGGCCUACAACUUCUACAAGCAGGCCACCAACAACCUGAACACUCCCUACGACUACUCCUCCAUCAUGCACUAUGGAAAAACAGCCUUCUCCAUCCAGUCCGGGAGGGACUCCAUGACCCCCAUCCCCAACCCCAACGUCGAGAUCGGCCAAAGGCAGGGCUUCUCCUACUGGGACAUCACGAGAAUCAAGCUGCUCUACGGCUGCUAAUAACAAUUCUUCUGAUCUAAAGUUGUAAUUGGAAAAUAAAUGAGGUCGAUGCCAAAUGCAACAAGUUCACUUUUUUUCCCAGUUGACUGUAAUAAUUUAAAAGCUACUAUACUUUUGAUUUCAGUUGCUGUUAUUAUAUUCUUUCGAUAUUCUGUAAUAACGUCAGUGCAAAUGACUUAUUAUUGUCAAGAUGAUCAACACGCUCUAUGGCUGCUAACAAUACUGAAGCUAAAUACAACAAACUCCUACUUUUUCUGUUUCUUUUUUCUGUAAUUAAUCAAAAGCUACGGUGACCUAUGGAAUCAACGCUAAAGCUUUCAGUUUCUUUCACCAUAUUAUUUCAAAUGUUCAGACAACAGAAUACAUGACCCCCAUAUACCUAAAUGAGCUGUAAUAAAUGUAAUGCAAAAUGA